AUGAAGUUCACUAUUUCCCUCGCCACCCUCCUCUGCAGCUCCGUCCUCGCCGCACCCACACCCAGCGAAGUAACCGACAAAGUAAGCCAAUGCAUCCACCUUGCCGGGUAUUCGUUUGAUCGGGUCAGCUCUGUGCGGCCCAAUGAAGGUAGCUUCUGUUACUUCUACGUGAGUGAGCAUCGCAACAGUGACGAGGAUCUCGAGUUCUUCCACGUUGGAUAUCCGGGUGUGGCGGACCUGUCGAAGAAGCCUGUGAACGGGCCUGCGGGAUCGACGCAUGAUUUUGAUAAUAAGCUCCAGAGCCUUUUGUAUGUUGAUGACUAG